AUAUAUCCCACUCCGUCUCCCAAUCUCAAUCACAAGUCACAAACAUCUCUUGCUCCAUUUCUUCAUAUUAAAGUACAACAAUGUCAUUAUCCUCUGCUUCCUCCAGAAUUCCAAAAAUGUUCCUUCAGCUCUCUGUUCUUGCAGUUUUCCUCCUAUGCACUGCUUGUGCUGAUAAUUUCUACCAAGACGCGACUGUCACCUGGGGUGACCAGCGGGCUCACAUACAAGAAGGUGGCCGUCUUCUAACCUUGUCUCUCGAUAAAAUUUCAGGCUCUGGCUUUCAAUCCAAGAGUGAGUUUUUAUUCGGAAGGUUCGACAUGCAGCUCAAGUUAAUACCUGGAAAUUCUGCUGGCACUGUCACCACUUUCUACUUGUCGUCUCAAGGAGCAGGGCACGACGAAAUUGAUUUUGAAUUUCUGGGAAAUUCAUCAGGCCAGCCUUACACAGUUCACACCAACGUUUAUUCUCAGGGAAAAGGCAACAAAGAACAACAAUUUCACCUCUGGUUCGAUCCCACCACAUCGUUUCACACCUACUCUAUCAUUUGGAACGCUCAACGCAUCAUAUUUUUGGUGGAUAACAUACCAAUAAGAGUGUACAACAAUCACGAAGCACUUGGGGUUGCAUUUCCAAAGAAUCAAGCAAUGAGAGUGUACGCUAGCCUAUGGAAUGCUGAUGACUGGGCAACACAAGGCGGGCGAGUGAAAACGGACUGGUCCAUGGCUCCAUUCACAGCUUCUUACAGGAAUUUCAAUACAAAUGCUUGUGUUUGGUCAGCGGCAUCAUCUACUUCAUCUUGUGGAGGCUCUAAAUCCACUGAUUCAGCGAAUAAUGAUCAGACAUGGCAAACUCAAGAACUGGACGCUAAUGGCAGAAAUAGGCUUAGAUGGGUGCAGCAGAAAUACAUGACAUACAAUUACUGUACAGAUGCUCAAAGGUUCAAUCAAGUCAUUCCUCCUGAAUGCAAGCGUUCAAGGUUUUAAGACCAUCAUGUGUUGCUGUCUAAAAUUUCUCGUCUUUCUUUCUAUUGCUUAUUUAAUUUGUUGUAAGUUAUUAGGAUAAAAAAGAACAGUGUAAUUAUUUGUGUAAGCAACUUAAAUUCUUUAUUCUUUUUGUAAUCAUGAAAUAGAAAUUACAAUAAUGAAUCAUUUUCAGCCAGAGGUACGUGUGGUGCUCGUACUAUUUUCUAGGA